AUGACCGACCACCUUGGAGGGGAGGUGGUUGUGGAGAUAGGUGGCAAUAUUCAACGCCUCCACCCAAUAGCUGGCGGGGAGAGAUGCCUUGAAGAGAUGCUUGUUAUACAUUACUAUCUCUUGUUUAAUGGACCUGAUGGGAUUUGGCAUCAUAUGAAGACAUUCUACAUGGAACAAUCUACUUUCAGUUUCUCAGAGAACGCGUAUGUUGGCCAAAAUGAAAAUUUUGAUAUUUUGUCAAAUAUAAGGAAAAGGCUAAAAGGUGAUAGGCCUCGAGAGAAAAUUGUUCAUGUUGUCGAAAAGCUACAUUGUCGUGCAAAUGGUGAAACUGGGGUUGCAAUUCGUGUGUCUGGAUCUUUCAUUGUGGCAAACCAAUUUCUUGUAUAUGGCGAGGGGAUAAAAGCUGAAGGGAUUCCUAGCUUGGAUGAGCUCUUUAUUGACAUUCCAAGCAAACGCGUAGGCCAGUUCAAAGAGCAGUUUAUCAUGCAACAGAGAAACUUAAUGUCAUGCUAUUACAUAUCAAAGCAAGAUCUGUACAUUAUCCAAUCCUGAUUGAACAUAUUAUUUGUAAGAUUAUUCUCUGAAGCACA